AAGAAAAACGUUGGGAGAUUGGAGAAAGAGGAGGAGGAAGGGGCAGGCGGGGCAUGGAGGGGUUGGCCAUGCUGCGACAGCUAAUCGGAGAGAUUCAGGAGCUCUGUAAACUCCAUGGUUCUCCACUUCCUUAUAAUCUUCAUCGUCACCACCACCAUCAACUACUUCCAACCCUACAUGAACCACUAAUUCAACAACAUCAGCAACUACAGCUGCAGAGGUGGUGUUUCCUCGAUUUCAAUAACAGUUCCGUUGAUGAUGGUUAUUACAGUCUUGUAAUGAGGGAAGCAAAGUCGAGCAGUAUCAAGAUGGUGGAAAAUUGCAAGCCUCCACCCACGAAGAAGUCUAGAAGAGACCGUAGCUGUGAAAAUUUGUCUGAUACUGCAGGUUCAAAUGAGACAAUGGAAGAGCAUAUCUGGAAAGAAUUCCCAGAGGAUCUUUUUGAAGCUGUAAUUGCAAAACUCCCCAUUGCCACAUUCUUCCGGUUUCGUUCUGUUUGCCGGAAAUGGAAUUCCUUGUUGUCUUCUGAUAGUUUCUCUCAACAUUGUGCUGAAGUUCCUCAGGGCCAUCCCUGGUUCUACACCAUAACUCAUGAGCAUGAAUAUGCCAACAGUGGAGCCGUGUAUGACCCGUCCUUGAAGAAAUGGCACCAUCCAUCCAUUCCUUCAUUGUUGGCAAAGAUGAUCAUCUUCCCAGUUGCUUCAGUGGGUGGUCUUGUCUGUUUUCUUGAUAUUGGUCACAUGAACUUCUAUGUGUGCAACCCUUUGACUCAGUCAUUCAAAGAAUUGCCAGCUAGAUCUGUCAGGUCCUGGUCUCGUGUGGCUGUGGGGAUGACUCUUAAUGGGUGUUCAACUGACAAGGGGUACAAAAUCCUCUGGGUAGGAUAUGAUGGGGAAUAUGAGGUCUAUGAUUCUUUCAAGAAUACUUGGAUCCAUCCGGGAAGCAUGCCCCCAAACAUCAAGCUACCGUUGUCCCUGAACUUUCAGUCACAAUCCAUCUCAGUUGAUGGUACUCUAUACUUUAUGUGUGCUGAGCCAGAAGGGAUUGUGUCCUAUGAUAUGGCUACUGGGGUUUGGAAGCAGUUUGCUAUACCAUCCCCACCACAUCUGGCGGAUCAUGCUAUUGCAGAGUGCAGGGGCCGAAUCAUGCUUGUGGGGUUGCUGACUAAAAAUGCAGCCACAUGUGUGUGUAUAUGGGAGCUGCAGAAGAUGACGCUCUUGUGGAAGGAGGUUGACAGAAUGCCAAAUGUAUGGUGCUUGGAUUUUUAUGGGAAGCACGUGAGGAUGGCUUGCUUGGGUAACAAGGGUUUACUCAUGCUGUCAUUAAGGUUGGGGCAGAUGAAUCGCUUGGUUACUUAUGAUAUCUUGAGCAGGGAGUGGACGAGGGUUCCUGGGUGCAUGUUCCCUCGUGGAAGGAAGCGACAGUGGAUUGCAUGUGGCACAGCAUUCCACCCUUGUCCAACAGCAGUGGCCUAGUCCGUGUUUUCUUCUACUUUCUGGAUAAUGGCGAUAAGGUAAAUGUCUUCCUUUGUUCAAACAGGAAAACAUAUUUGGUGGCCUAAAUAGACUGUUUGGAUGGAGAAGUUUCCAUGUUUAUCAGAGACUAUGAUGCUAACAUUUUUAUUCAGUCCGGUUGGGUGCUGAGUUGCUUUGCAGGGGAUAAACAUAGGCAACAGUAGAGACCAUUGUGUGAUAUCUUAGUUUGACUGUUUGAGUAUGGAAGAGAUGUGCACUUCAUCUGAAGCUUUCUUGUAUUAAUGUUCCCCUUGAGUAUUUGGAAACUUGGUGACAGGCCACUUAGGCAUGGCAACCCCCUUUGGGGUUGACGUUUAAUGGAGUAAAAUUCCCUGUCCUGUCCCUUGGAAGGGCUUGACCGGGUUUUAAAUCAGAUUGAGAUUAUG